AUUGAGAGAGAGUGAGAUAAGCAGAGCUAUGUAAAAUUGAAAGUUAUGUUGUGCUCAAUAUAUUAUCAUCCAUGCCCAAAACUAUCAGUCUGUCCUCCCUCUCCCUCUCCCUCUCCCACUGUGUAUAUAACUAAGAAGAAGCAAAUACCUUUGUUUCCGAUAUCUUCUUCUUGGGUUUCCAAUAAUGAGUCUGGUGCCACCGCAAGUACAAGUAAAAACAGUAGUAGUAGUAGUAGAGAAAUUGAAGUAACGACAGGAAGCAGCGCUCGAGGGCGCAGAUUGCUGAAGAUUCGAGAAGAGAAGAGGAAGCGCCAACUUGACAACCUUCACAACUAUCCUGCCUGGGCCAAAGUUCUUGAAGAUGCUUGCAAACAUGACCAUGAGCUCCGUGCCAUUCUCGCUUAUUCCAUCGGCAACCCGGACCUCAUGCGCAAACGGGUUGAAGAGAGAGUUCGGAAGAAGGGUCGAGACUUUCACAAAUCAAAAACGGGUUCCAUCCUUGCCUUCAAAGUCAGCUUUAGAGACUUCAAUCCUCUUGAUUCUUACAUUUGGUUUGAAUUGUAUGGAGCACCAUCUGAUCGGGAUGUUGACCUUAUUGGUGGUGUAAUUCAGUCAUGGUAUGUUAUGGGGCGCUUGGGAGCUUUUAAUUCUGCUAAUCUACAGCUGGCUAAUUCAUCGAUGGAGUACAAUCCCCUUUAUGAUGCAAAUAAGGGUUUCAAUGUGAUGCCAUCUUCAUUUCAUGAUAUCAGUGAUGUUGAGUUUCAAGAUAACUGGGGUCGUUUUUGGGUAGACCUCGGAACUUCUGAUUAUUUUGCCAUUGAUGUACUCCUCAACUGCUUGACAGUCUUAAGUUCAGAUUAUUUAGGCAUUCAACAGAUAGUUUUUGGCGGUCGAUGCAUGGGUGACUGGGAAGAGGGGAUGACAAACCCUGAUUUUGGAUACAAGUACUUCAAGAUUUAAAAUUAAUUUGGAAUACUAUAUCUCAUUUAUAAUAUUGCAUGACAUUGUAUGCUUCAUGUAUUUUGACAUUGUAUGUACAGUGCAUUUAUUUUGAAAAUUAUUUGCAAGUUCUGUUGCUAUU